AUGGCCACCGAGAGCACAGUCUGGAAGGGCCUGUUUGAGUGGAGUAUGGCGCACCAGGGGGACGGCACCAGCGAGGCGCGCUCCAUGUCCCAAGAAGACAGGGCCUGGCUGGAGGGAGCGCUCAAGUCGGCGAUGAUCGACCUCAGCAAGCGGAUGGAAGACAUCAAGCAGAGCCUGGACAGCAGCAGCGGCGGCGCCGCGGCGCCCGGCGGCGGUGGCCCCGGCGCCGAGGAUGCCGCCGCCAGCCUGGAGCAGCAGGAGCGGAUGCUGGAUGAGCUGCAGGACAUUGUGGAGAGCAUCGACCUGGCCAGGGACCUGCACACCAUCGGCGGCCUGCCCACGCUGCUGGGCCUGCUGUCCAGCCCGCACGCCUCGCUGCGCUGGCGCGCCGCCGAGGUGGCGGCCACCUGCGUGCAGAACAACCCGCCGGUGCAGGCGUCGUUUGCGGAGGGCGGCAUCAUGCCGCGCCUGCUGCCGCUGCUGCACGACGCGCACCCCACGGUACAGACCAAGGCGCUGCUGGCCAUCAGCUGCAUGGUGCGCGGCUACCCGGCCGCCCUCAUCUGGCUGCGCCAGCACGGCGGGCUGGGCGAGGUGGUUGGCCUGCUGGCGCAGCCCGAGCCGCGGCUGCAGCGCAAGUGCCUGCAAGUGCUGCAGUACAUGCUGCGGGUGGUGCCCACCGGCCGUCGUACCGCCCUGGAUGCCGGUCUGCUGCCCGCGCUGAGCGGCGUGCUGGAGAGUGAGGACGAUACGGUGAGGGAGGCAGCACUGGCGGCGGCGCAGCAGCUGGCGGCAGACACCGACUGCCUGCGGGGCAUGCAGCAGGAUGGCGGCUUCCGCUGCGCGCUGGAGGGGCUGCUGGUGCGCCUGGACACACUGCCUAGGGAGGAGUGGGCUGCCGUGGAGGAGGAGGUGGCAGCUGCCAAGCAGCUGUCCGCGGCGCUGCAGCGGGACCUGCCGCCGCCGCCGCCGCCGCCGGCCUACGGCGCGCAGCAGCAGCGCCCGCUGCCUGCGGCGGUGGUGGACGACAGCACCACCAGCGGGGCCCCGGCCGCCGCGCUGCAGCUGGUGGCGGUGCCGAGCGCGGCGGAGCAGCAGGCGCACUAG